AUGUCAAAAUGCAAUAAAAGAUCCUAUUUUUGCAAAGGCUGUCAUAUAGAGCAUUUUGUCACUGGAUAUGAUACUGACAAUGAACCAGCUCUUUCUGAUGAUGAUUUACCAACAAAUAACCACUUUGAUAAAGGCAUAUUUGAAUUUAAUCCUGAAAUGAUUAUUAAGUCUAGUUUAAAAGAUAUUAAAAUAAUUAACUCUGCUAUGAACUUUUUGCAUAUUCGAGAAAGAUUUUUAUUAAAAAAAUUUUCAUCUCUAAAUAAAAUAAAUUCUAUUAAUAACUUUAAUAAUAGUCCUGCUUAUGAAGAAAAAGUCAAGCUGAAUGCUCAUUUAAAUCUUUUACAUGUUACUUGUGAAGAUAUAUCUCUAAAUAGUCUUUGGCUAAGUGUUAAACAUGCUGUUCAGUUAAAAAUUCUAAUGCAUCAAAUAGAUAAUCCCUUUUAUAUUAACAUUCUUGAAAAUAUGUGUAAUAAAAAUCUUACUGAAAUCCAAAUAUUGGCAUUGCAAUCAAGAAUCCUUAAUAAUCAUAAAAUCAAUUCUCAGGAGUGGAAAGAUAACACUUUUCUUAUAACAAGAAAUAAUCUUUAUGUUCAACUUAAUUUUGAAGUUGCAAAAGAGCAUGCUUAUAAUAAUAAUCAGCUCAUUAUCCACUCUUGUGCACAAGACUUCUAUAAUCAAAGAAUUCUUACAGAAAAUAACCAACUCAAAUUUUUAUCUGUAUCCGAUAUUAAAGAGAAUGCACUUUGUGAAAUUUUACUCUUAUCUAUUAAUAUGAAAGUUAUUUUAAUAGUCAAUAUUUGUACUAAUGAUAAAUUAGCAAAUAGCACAUUAGAACUUCUUUGA